UGAGUGGGCUGAUUUCUUCCUCGAUCGGGCUUAACUUUGGGGCGAAAGAACGCAUGACGUCGCCAGCCGUGAGGGUGCACUGACUGAGGACACGCCGCGACAAUCCCCGCCUACUCCAGCAUGGACGCCCAAGGCUGGCAGGCUCGGGCCCUGUACGACUUCGAGCCCCAGGCGGCUGGCGAGAUCACUAUCUGGGCUAACGAGACGGUCACGGUCAUCAACAAGGACAUAGGAGAAGGCUGGUGCGAGGGCAUCAAUUGCCGCGGUGAGACUGGCCUCUUCCCCGAAAACUAUGUGGAGUUAAUCCAGCCACAGCAGCCCGCGCCUGCGGCGGGGGGCCCCCCAUCGGUGCCUCCUCCCCCACUGCCCCCCAAGUAUGAGGCGGCAGGCUACGACAAUGGGGACGACUGGGACGAUGACUGGGAUGACGACGACUCCAACCAAGGGGCACAGGACCAGCCCCAGCAGCUGUCUGGGCCAUGCAACUAUGGCCUGUUUCCUCCCAACCGGUCAGCCCAGCAAGAUGCCGGAAGCAAGGGGGACGUUGCCGCCCGUGGAGGCACGGUCAUGCGCUUCAACAGGUUCUCCAACUUCGUCAAGUCGGGAGGGGAGUCGUGGCUGCUGGGACAGACCAAGGUGGCCGUGCCCGGAGAGGAGCAGGUCACCAUCGUGGACUCUGGAGGUGUGGUGUGCUGGGCGGUGCGCAUGGAUCCCUACCAGUGUGAGGUCUCCUCUCCCAAAAAAGAGAGCAAGUUCAAAGGCUUCAAGAACUUCAUCGCCUACCAGCUCACGCCCUCAUUCAACGGCAUUCCCGUGAGCAGGCGCUACAAGCACUUCGACUGGCUUCACGAGCGGCUGCAGGAGAAGUUCUCGCUGAUCCCAGUGCCCCCGCUGCCGGACAAGCAGAUCUCCGGUCGCUACCAGGACAACUUCAUUGAGCACCGGAUGGCCAAGCUGCAGCUGUGGGUCAAUAGGAUCUGCCAGCACCCCGUGAUGUCGCAGAGCUCCGUCUGGAUGCACUUCCUCACCUGCACGGACGAGAAGAGGUGGAAGAUGGGCAAGCGGAAGGCAGAGAAGGAUGAACUGAUGGGCACCAGCCUCCUGGCAGCACUGCAAGUGCCCCCUGGGAACCUGGAUCCCAUCAUUGUGGAGGGCAAGGUCGACUCAUUUGGCAAGUUCACUCAGAAGAUGGACGAGGGGGUCAACCACCUCUACAAGACCACCCAGGGACAGAUCAAGAAGUGCUCCAAGCACUAUAAAGACGAGUGCGAAAAGAUUGCCGCUGCAUUCAGGGAGCUUGCCAGUGCGUUUGACCUGGAAAAGUCGCUGCCCUCAGCCCAGCUGACAGAGGCCAUCAGGCACACGGAGGACACGUACCGUGACAUCGGUGACAUGUACGAGACCAAGCUGUGUCACUACUGGGAGUCCAUGGGGGACAUGCUGUUCAUGUACAAGGGGGUCCUCGCUUCCUGGCCGGACAUCAUCAGCUUCCACAAGAGCUUCCUGAGCAAGCACAAGGAGUACCAGAAGAUGCGGGACGAGGUGAAGCUUUCCCAGGAGGACCUGGAGGGCAUUCGGCAGCGCAUGGACGUGGUGUCGUAUGCCACCCUGGCCGAAGUGAGCCACUUCCAGACCCAGAAGGUGGUCGACUUCAACGGCGCCAUGCACCAGUUCCUCGGCGGGCAGAUAGACUUCUAUGAGGAGAUUGUGCGCAAGCUCAAGGAGGCCCAGGGCAGGUACAUGACGCAAUAGGGGAGCCCUGGACAGGCCUCUUUCCCGGCGGCGCCAUCUAGCUGGGAUGCCUUUCCUUCUUCUGAACUCCCGACAGUGCCGCGCGAUUCUCCGUAACGUCUCGGACGAAGUCGGGCACACGCUUAUUCCAGGGACGGUGCACAGUGUUGCUUGAAGGCAUGCCAGCGUUGUAACCAGCGCCGGUUCGAUCGGGGACGAGGGGGCGGCGUCAGCAGCGUUCGGCGCUGCAUCGUGCAGCUGUGCCUGGUGCGACCGGACGUCGAGAGACUUUGGCGUGCCUUGCACCGACGUCGGCGCCUGCUUGCCGAUCGACCGUGCGACGCAAUCCGAAUCGCUAAGACUGAUUGAUGUGACCCCGGGAGUUAUUUCCCGGGGUUAUCUCGGGUAAAAUUAGCCUGCUCAAGAGCGUGUUGAAACAAUUUUUUUUUUUUUCAUACUGUACAGUUGCUUUUGAAUAGUGCAAGUAAACUUGUCCUAUUGUGUUA